CCGUUUGCCAAAUACUUUGAGUAUAUGUUUUAUAACUGACUUAGAAUAAAUUCGUAUUUUUCACUCGUUUUUCAUUACUUAUAAUUAUAUUAUAUUUUUUAAAAGAUUCAUGUUCAAACUGAAUCUGCCAGCAAUUACUUAUCAGGCGUAUCUGUAACAUAGAAAUCGAAAGUUUUUGUCAUUGCAUGAUUCUCAAAAAUGGCUUCAGGAUCCUCCGGCGGCCCAAAAUGUUCUAUUUGUAUUGAUUACCUCGAAAAUCCCCUUGCCUUACCUUGUGGGCAUUCCUAUUGUGGACCCCCUAAACAUUGCCUCCAAGGAAUCAAACACGGAGAACGUGGAACGUCUACCAAGUGUGCCGUAUGCAGUAAAGAAUUUCCCGGAAUAAACGUGUCUGACUUGAACCCAUUGUACGGAAUCAGAGAAGCCUUGCCUCAGUUAUCAGCCAGACAAAGAGAUAAUGCGGAUGGCUGGCCAAAAUGCACAAAUCAUGGCAACAGAAUCAUUCUUUGGUGCGAUGACUGUGCACUUGGCAUGUGUUCGGAUUGCAUGGAAGCAGGACACUCAACUCACAGCUUCCGAAGCUACAAAGAACGCAUGAAAGAACGGGCGCUAAAAUUUCUAGAUAAACUACCCCAAAUAGAUUCAAAAAUAAAGGGACUUGGAGGAUCUAUCAAUAGACACAACGUACAGAUAACCGAAUUGGAGCAAAAAAUUUUGGAGCUAAGGCAAAAUAUAAAAGACCACCAGGAGGAAAUUUUGAAGUUGAGCAAUGAGAAAAAACGACUUCAGAAUAUUAUGGCUAUGAAGCAAACACUGGAAUCUGUCGCAAAAGGUCAGGAAGUAGCCUCCAAUACAAAUAUACACACAUACUUGAGGGAAGAUUCAAUUUUGAAAUUGAAUGUCGACACUGUUGCUUUCACCUUCACAGAAAAAAUGCUGACAAAUGAACGUGCUUGUGAUACAAAAAAGCACCAAUGGAAUAACUGGGAUCUCAAAUUAUACUUUCAAGAAAAUCCGAUAAAAGUUCUUCUCCGUGUUUGGGGUACUUGCGGAAACAGGCUCAACAAUAUUUUUCUACGCAUCAGACUCCAUCUAUUAAACGACUCACCCGAAAAAACAAUCUGUGAGGAAUUCAAUGAGCCAGCACAGUCGACUAUCGAUUCCCGCUAUUAUUUUCUCAAAAUUCCGCCUUGCGCUGUUUCUAAUCCCAAUCUUGGUUUCAUUUCGAAUAACCAGAUUACAGUCAAAGUCGAAAUUUUAAACGACUAAACUGUUGCAUGUCUUCGAGAGGAUCUUAACACUCUAACUUCAUCGACUCUACCACCCUUUUUGUAUGAAAACCUCUGACAAAGUUCAUUUAUUAUUUGUUGAAAUUAAUGACUUCUACUUUUUAACAAAAAAAUUACUCAGAAACAAGUUAGAAUAGAAUAAGGUUGAGAUCGAGUGUAAAACCAUUCUUGAAUUUAAUUUGAAUUGUUGGCAAGAGUUUGUACAUAGGUCAACCAGGCCCUUCUAGAUGAGUUUGUAUGCAUAGCAAUUUCUCAGUGGCUUUUUAAGAGGCUGAAUUGCUCUCUGCGCUUGUUAAAAUUGGAACUCGCACUCGAGUUAUUUUUUUUCCUUUAAUGGAGUAUUGCACAACUUGAAAUAAACUUCUUUUAAGGAUAGAUUUUGACCAUAAAAAUUAAAACAUUUCAACUGU